CUUGUGAGUGGUGGUGGAAGCGCACGCCCGAUCCAUUCAGGUUGCUAGUUUGUCAGCGGGCCAAGAAGUCGGCGGGGUCGGUGCACCUCGUGGGGGCGAAGGAAUGUUGAGUCCCCGGGCGAAUCCCUCGUACAAGUAUGUCUUCGACCACAGCAAAAUGGAGAUUGACCUGACUCGACUACACAUGAACUCGACGGAUCGCCAGUUCGGCGUUGCGAGCAGCCACCUCAUGCAAACGUACUACACAAACGACGAAGACGACGCGAUGCUGCAUGAUGCGGCCACCCAGCGAAACAUAACUAAUGAAAACCAAGACCAACAACCCAUCGUGGUCACUCCAAUCGAUCGGGAAACGGAAAUCGACACGAGGUGCGCCACGCAAGCCGCGACCACGUCAAGACCCACACUGCAUUCGCUCCGUUGCACAUUUCGAUACACACGUCGUCACACCGAUAGUACCGCGAGAGCUGCUAGCAACCCACCAUUGCUCGCCUCUUGCGUCGUGGAGCUCCCCGAAGUCGAUUCGCGCGUCGAGAUCUCCCACCCCAUCGCCAAAACACGCCACAAACACUGCCCCCGACCGCCCCCAUCAGGUGCCAAAUGGCCCAAUAACCUCAACAUGAAAAGCUUUCGAGGAAAGAACCCAUCACCAUCCAGCGAGUACUGGACCUCGUCGGAGAGAAUCUCGACCAAAGCCACCAAACGGCGACCACGACUGACCGUCACCAAACCAGACGCCCCGCCGAACGUGUCGCACCCCGUAGACGCCACAGUCAACCAAACCAACGACGUGUCAUUGCCACCGUCGCUAGCAGCCCCAGCGACACCAGCGACAGAGCAUGGAAGCGCCAGUCGACGUUUGCAUGCAACUCGGGACAAGCCGUCCAUGGAGCUCUGCCGCCCCGAAGUUGAUUCAACUAGCUUCCAUGUUCCUUACUCCAAUCCAAACGAGGACACGAAGUUGCUUGGAAGUCGCUUCACACAAUCUGCGCUGACUCCAUCGCAACCCUUGUCUGCCAUCCCAGCGCCGACCUCAGCCCUUGGCAUGGCCCUAUCGAACCAGUACAUCGAAGAAGAUCACGCGUUGACGAAUGGCAUUAUUCGUGCCGACCAAGCAUCUCUGAAGGUCCCAGUUGAGAUGAAGGCAUUGCCGCGAAGGCCCCCAUGUCGAGACCCCUCCACCCACAUGACGACAUCCAAACCCACCACUUCGACAAGGGCCACCCCUAAGCCCACCACCGCAACGAGCGCCACCCCCUGUCCCAACCCACAACAUGUGCGGCGAGAACUCGUGCGAGUCCAAGCAACUCCAUCGUACGGGGCGUCCACUGCGUUGUCGUCCAUCCGUCAAAAGCAAACCGUCCACGAGUUUAUGAUGCGACGGAAAGGUUGGCCGAUUCUGUAA